UUAUAUGAUCUGCACCAGGAGGUCUUCUCCUGUCUAUUAUGGUAUGGGUGCAUAUACCUAGUUAAUCGGCAACACAAUACUCAUGUCUCGACAACCAUCUUCCAUUGUAUUUGGAAGAGAUGUGGUUUCUUGAAGGAGUCCUACUUGUCUUAUCUGUCCUCGAUGUCACUGCGGCCACCACCUCGACGACUCUCCCUCCCGGCACCUGUCCGUCUCGAACUGCCAACUACAUUACACAUAGCCUCCGACAGCAAUGUCUGACUGCCUCCCGAAAGGUCAACUUGACCUCCACCUCCUCUACUACGCCCGACGCAGUAGCUGAGUCAACGGCGAACCUUGAAUCUGUUAUCCAGAUCACCACGGACAAUUCAAACGCGUCCUCCCUUGCGUCUCCGACGCCCACGCCCUCCUCCACGUCUACUUCCGAAUCCGAAACACUUGUUACCGAACAAUCUUCUACGACAUCUGACCCAGCCGAUGCAAGUAUUCCUCCAGCCGAGGCCACACAGGAUGCCUCGAACACGGGCCCCGUGCCCGCGGAGGAAGACUCGCCGCUAGAGGAUGGAAAAUUCUUGUCCUUUGAAGAUUGGAAGAAGGAGAACCUGAAACAGGCGGGACAGUCUGAGCAUGUGGGACGAGGUCAUGGAGUCGAGCAACGAGAGAUCAAGAAGCGGCCAACAAUUGACCAGGAUGCUUUGGAUGCACUUGGCGAUGAUGCAGAGAUCGACCUUGACUUCUCUGGCUUUGUUGCAGAUAAUAUUGAGCCUCCAACGCAACCGCCGCCACGAACUAGUCAGGAGAUGGGAGAUAUCCCGGUAGAUCAGAGUCGGGCUCCAAGGGCAGAUGUUCGAAGUAAAGAUGCUGGUACCACAUGCAAAGAGAGGUUCAACUAUGCUUCUUAUGACUGUGCAGCGAACAUCCUGAAGACAAAUCCCGAAGCCAAAGGCGCGAACGCUGUGCUGGGCAAGAACAAGGACUCUUAUAUGUUGAACGAGUGCUCGGCCAAGAAUAAAUUCAUCAUUCUUGAGCUUUGCGAUGAUAUCUCGAUCGACACAAUAGUCCUGGCAAACUACGAGUUUUUCAGCUCUACAUUCAGAACAUUCCGUGUCAGUGUAUCGGACAAAUACCCCAUCAAGAUCGACAAGUGGAAAACACUAGGCACUUUUGAAGCGCGCAACACGCGUGAUAUGCAGGCAUUCUUGGUCGAAAACCCUGUCAUAUGGGCAAGAUAUCUGCGGAUCGAAUUCCUGACCCAUUAUGGAAACGAAUACUUCUGCCCGGUUAGCUUGGUUAGAGUUCAUGGAACAACGAUGCUUGAGGAAUACAAACAUGACCUUGCAUCUCUACAAGGAGAGGAAGAGGAGGAAGAGAUCGAAACAUUAGAUGGCAACGGCGAGGUUGGCGUUGAUGCCUUGGUCCCAGAAGCUGUGGCAGAGCCAUUGUUGACAAAGGUCGAAGCCGUACAUACUGAAGCGUCGCCGGAGCCAUCUAUCGAACCCGAGCAGAGCGACUCCGAUGAGCCUCGAGCUGAAACCUUGGCCGCAAAUGCUUCGCAGUCGGUCUCAGUCGAAGGGGUAAACAGCAACAUGCCAACAUCUCGAGCAAAACUUUCUCAUACGCUUGACGAGCUGAGCUUGGGAGAUGGCAAGAACGAAAUGUGUGCUAGCCUCGAAGAGGGCAGCACCUCGCAAGCGACCCAAACUCAGCAGUCGACGGAACAAUCUCCAAGUAAGGAAUCCACUGCUAUCGUUUCCUCGACAUCGGCAGUACCUGAAAACGACACCGACACAUCAUCCAUUUCGGGUUCGUCGGUAAAGGAGACCGGAUCGAGUACAACAGAGUCGCUAAAUCACACAACUAAGUCCGAUUUGCAAAGUGGUUCGGCGUCCAGCAAGACCUCAACCUCUCCAGAGUCAAUAAUUGGUGCCAAAAUUUCGUCUUCUUCCACGAACCCUCCUCCUGCAGCUCCAACUAUGCAAGAAUCCUUCUUCAAAUCUGUACAAAAGCGUCUGCAAAUGCUGGAAUCGAAUUCGUCGCUGUCUCUCCAAUAUAUCGAAGAACAAUCUCGUGCUCUCCGUGACGCUUUCCAGAAGGUCGAGCAAAGGCAGCUAGCGAAGACCACGUCUUUCUUAGACUACCUGAAUGCAACUGUCCUGAAUGAGCUUAGAGAUUUUCGGCAGCAGUACGAUCAACUUUGGCAAUCCACCGUCAUCGAGCUCGAGAUACAACAAGAACGUUAUCAACAGGAGAAUCUGGCCAUCAAUGCUCGACUCGGCGUUCUUGCUGACGAAGUCAUUUUCCAAAAACGGAUGUCCAUUCUACAGAUGAUUUUGAUUUUGAUCUGCCUCGGUUUGGUGCUAUUCUCCAAGGGCUCCAUCAACAGCUAUCGUGAAAUGCCCUUGAUACAGAGUGUCCUCGCCAGGUCCCCGAGUUCGAAAUGGCUCAAUUUGACCGGACUGGAGUCGCCUUCCCAUAGUCCGCUUGUUACCAGAGCCAACUCCACGGGAAGCGGAUGGCGGCGGCAGGGGGUUUUGAAGGGCCAUCGCCGUCUUCCGUCGGAAGACACUGCGGACGAAGGACUUAGUCCAUCAGACCCUUAUACCCCGCUUACGCCCGUCAGUAUAGACGACCCACCGCAGGUUGAGGAUUUCAAGGACUGUGACCUUGGUGAUCCUCAAUUUGAUCCAAGUCUCAUCGAACGCCCUGGCACGAGCCCGCCCGUCCUGUCUGCGUUGGACACACCCAUGACACCAAAACUCGAACCUGAGUUGGGAAAUCCUCCGAUCGAUAGCAACCUGACCAUCAAUAAUGUGGACAAAACACCCCCGAUGUUGGUCGUCGAGGACGCCACACCUCCUUCGAAGCAGCUGAAGUGGAGUCUGCCAGACGGCUGAAGGUAAUGAGAAUAUUACUGUGGAGCAAUCCUACUUAUCUACUGCUGAAGACGGAACGGAUCUACAAGUGCAACGGCAGUGCAUGUUCUCACGUCUCCAGUUUUAUGGUUAUGAAGGACCACUCUGGCCAACACAUCUCCUUUAGAUCAGAAGUUACUAUCAACUUCCGACGCAAAGAGUUAACCUCGCCACGAUUUCUAACUUCUAAGAUGUCAAAACUUACCACGUUAAAGUCAGCCAGGUGGGAUUCUGGGAGGGAGCGAUGGAGUUCCCUUCCCCGGGGUGAAUGUGUCUGGCCACGUUUGGGGCAAGAUGUCCCGCCAAGUAAAUAAUGCCAGCAGGAGGAUACUACGGCUCAAUAGACGUAUUCCGCCUUUGGAAUCUUUCUGUUGGUACUUUGAGGUAGCACUCACUUAUCCGGAGUGGAACAAUCAAAUGCCUUCGGAGGUGAUGCGAUAGGCUACAGAGUGAUUGAUUUCGUUGGUGUUUGAAAAUGCUACGGUGCUCCAAGCUGGUCGAGCGAGCCACUUGGGCAUAAACCAGCAACAAAUCCAGAGUGGUGGUGCAGCAAGGUUACAAUGGGUGUGUGGUACGUAGAUGUCGUCCGUAGCCUUAUAGGUAAAGGAAACAUGGAUCCGAUGGUAUGCUG